GAAAAUCUGUCAAGUUUUUGGAUGCACUUUUGUGUGUGUCCAUCACCAACUACCACCAGGUGGCACUUUUUAAGUUUAGAGAACACUGAGAUUCAUAUCAGGAUGUCAAAUAUGAGUAAUAAUAGUCCUUUUAAGUCAAUAAACUGCAUUAUAUUAGAUUUUUUUUUUGUUUAAAAUUAUUUAGUUUAAAGUACCUGGCAACCUGUUUACUGCCAAUCAUCAAUACUGGACUUCACUUUCUGGAUGUAUCUGAAAAAUUUUAUUGCACCAAAAAAAUCUACAUACAAGAUAACAUAUAUGUGUACAUAAAUAAAAUAUUCAUCAAUACAUAUCCAAUUGCAUAUACAUGCAGUACGUAAAUGUACUUGCACAACAAAACUUGACUGCAGCUGUCCCAUUUCCAUUUCAUCAGUGCAUAAAAUGUCUUUGUCCAAGUUUCAAUAUAUGUGUCUUGUUUAACAGUUGUCAGGUUUCAGCCUUCCUUUCCCUGGCCAUGUCUCUGAGCACCGAAUAUCUUUUACUUCUGGACUCUCUAGCAGCAACUUCAACAAGUUUGGAUUCUGUGGAUUGUGGAAGUGUGGAGCAGGACUCCAGCAGCUGGACCAAAGUGGACCCUGAGCUGGACGGGACGUCUCCAGACCAAGAUCCAACUUACAGCCUCCAGUCUGCAGCGGGCCACUUUGAGUGCAGCGUCUCUGGUCUGCGUUGGGUCUGCAGGGAGAAGGUGGGCUUCAGGUACCGGUUCUGCUCCUGGGACGGACACAUGGAGAGGAUGGAGAGCAGAGGAUUCCGGCCUGCUGGUCCUUUACUGGACAUCUCUGUCCUUACUGGGAGGGUGAUGGAGGUGCAGCUGCCACACUGGGUCUGCACCGACGAUGUUCCUGAGUUACUGAAGAACUUUGCUGUCCUCCAUGUUAACGACUGUGGAGAUGUUCUGGAGAAAGCGACCCGGGUCACAAAGACCCAUGUCGGGUUAGCAGAACCAGUUUUCUCUCUGCUGGGAGCUGUCAUAAAAUACUUCUUUAAUCCAAGAAUCUCCUGCAACACAUUAAUGUACUAUCAGCCCAAAACGUCCUACCUGAAGAUGCGAGUCUACCUGAUUCCACCGGAUCCUGCUCUGAAACAGUCGGUCCACAGCAGAGAAUCCUCCAAGGGAUACGAAGAAAUCGUGAAGCCCCGACCAGACAAGCCUCUGAAGAUGGGCUGUGGCUUCAGCCUCCAGGCCACCGUAGAGACGGCCAGAAUCCAGCCACCGGAAAUCACUCUGAGGCACGACAGCCAGGACCCGAACUUCUACGAGGUUUUUAUUGAGAAUCCGGGAGAAAACUUCAACCUGGAGCUGCUGCAGACUCAUUCAGAGAAAGUUUGGUUCUGUGAGAUUAGGAAAGAUGAUCAUCCUAGAUCUGGUUCCACUGAAGUCGGAGAGUCAACAGAAACUGAUACUGUCGCGACAGAAGUUGGAGAGUUUUCAACAGAAGCUGCUGUUCUGGAGGCAAAAGCAGCUUCAUCUUCCACAGAAAUGCCUCGCAGCAUUAAGCAGCUUCUGGCUGAAACCCUGGAGGAUCUGAGCCAGAAGAACCUGGACAAGUUUGUCUUCCAGCUGCUGGACCGCAGCGGGGAGCCGCGGGUCAGACGCUGCAGGGUGGAGGGGAAGAGCCGCCUGGACAUCGUGGAUGUUCUGGUCUCCACCUUCACGGAGGACAAGGCUGUGGAUGUCACCGUGGAGAUCCUGGGGACCAUCGGCUGCAACCAUCAGGCGGAGACACUCGUGAAGGAGAAACAUGGAGGAUGACAGGCAGCUCGUCUUUACGGAAACCUGAAGAGCAGCAGAUGAAGGAGAGAUGACCUCAAAGUCCAGCUGCAGAAUGGAAACUACUCAUAUUAUCAACUUAAAUAAUAUUUUUGUAUCAUGUUCUUAUCCUACAAUCGACUGCAGAUAAAUAAAUGUUUUUAUA